AUGCGUACCUUAGGCAUCAUGUACGUAAUAGCCUACACACACACUCUUCAAGUAGUUCUAGAUGAGUUUGGAACCGAGAAUCGUAGAAUGAAUUGCGGCUUUGAUUCCCUCGACGGCAUCGCAUUGGGGUUCCCGUGCCCUGCUGCCAGUGUUGACAAGAAGAAUGAUCUCCUCGAGCUGCUGAUGCCUGAUUUCUCUUCGCUCAAGCAUAUGAUAGAUAGAGCGUACCUUCUCGAAGGCAGCAUAUUGCAAGAAAGAAGGUUUGACUUCCAUGUUAGCCAGGUGCUGACCUCGAACUUGAGCUUAGUGCUAUCACAUGCAAAAGGCGGCUUGGACUCACCUUUUCAAUUGGUAGACAUCUUAAAACUCGACCUCGACACUUCCGAACAUACGAAGUCCAAGCAGAAAAAGUCAGCCCGACAAGUCGCUGCUGCACCACCACAAGCAUCUGGCCAAGGCGCGGUCGGCAGGGUUUUUGGCAUUCCCGAGCUUCUCCAAGAUAUCCUCGUUCAACGCGCAGCUACAGAUGUCGGCCAGUCGCAUGCAGCUUUGCCAGUCAAGGCUCUCUUCGUCUGGCAGCGAGUGAACUGCACAUUCCGCAACACCAUCCGAGAAUCGCCAAAGCUGCGCCAGUACAUGUUGCUUGCGCCUCUCGACAGCGACAUCUCACGUGAAGUCGGACCCCGCAAGCUUGGAAACUUGCAAGCUCUCCGAUGUGCAUUUGGCGAUUAUGAUUCCGACCAGCGCGGGUGGUGCAAGCUGCUUCCACCGGGUGUGCUCAAGAAGGCGGCGUACGACAUGCCAACCAUUAAUCUCGGCUCGCGAAAUACGAAAAAGCUCCCAUGGAAACAAGCCCGUCUUUCUAAGGCCUUCCAUUUUGUAAAUGCCAGCUGGCGUGACAUCAAGUUGCGGGUAUCACGCAGAGGGCUUCGGAUUCGGCAAUGGGUAACAGACGAUCUUCGGAGUUGCGUCUGGCCGGCAGAGUGGGAGGCGGCCUUCGGCUACGUCUGCGAUUUUGUCAUCAAACACGAUAUGAAACUGGGGGACUUCGUCAAGGCCGUUUCGCAGGUGCGUUCGCGGAACUACGAAACUCAUAUGGCCAGGUGUCUUUGGUUUGUCUGCGAUUCUCGUCCAUCAGGUCGUCGCGUCACUACACUGCGGCAAAGAAGCCAUCGUAAUGGAAUACCCGCGAGGCUCCCCGAUCAGAGAAUUGCCAAGUUUGUGGAGUUAUCACAGGAGCAAGUUGCGACUCCGAUCGAGAUAUGGCACAGCAGGGUGAACGAGCUCUCAGAAUCUGACGACUUUGGCGUAAGGAAAGAGCUCUCGUGCAUCAGAGGAUCGAUGAUUACUGCGCUUGAAAGCACAACUAUCGAUAUUGGGUCAGCACGCGACCAUCCAAGUCAGGGCGAGCAAGACAUACUAGGCAGAGGACCAAACUCCAGAGAGAUCUGGUAUGAUUCGGAAAGAUGGUCCGCAAUAUGGCUUUCGCAGGUUUACAAUCUCCACCGAUUAGCUGAGAGGGAAGGAGUCGGGACCCUGUAUCAGGCGUUCAAGUGUUCGAGGUGCAUGGGGGUUGAAUGGACCCAAAGAACCGCACUGCAUUAA